AUGUCGUUUCGCAACCGGUGCAAGUACCAACGCGGAGACUUGGUGUUUGCAAAGCUGAAGGGCUUCGUGCACUGGCCCGCCCGCAUAGAACAGACGAAUGAGUCCAACCGAUACCAGGUGUUCUUUUUCGGGACCCACGAGACGGCGUUCAUGGGCCCCAAAAACCUUUUCCCGUAUGAAGAGUCCAAGGACAAGUUUGGCAAACCCAGCAAGAGGAGAGGGUUCAGCGAAGGGCUGUGGGAGAUCGAGAAACCUACUGUCAAGGCUGCUGACGGCCACGUGUCGCAGGCGAAGAGCUGUGGGGACACCCCGGGGCCCAAGGCCGCAGAGGCCGCCAGGAAUAGAAAGAGGGCCACCGAUGGCGGAGGCGACAAGAAGGAGAAGCCAACCCUCCUGGAGACCACCGAGGGGGAGAAGGAGAAAGCUGCGUCCAAAAGGAGCGCGGGCGACCAGCCCGAGGACUCCUCCAAACGUCCCAAAGGGGGUGAGCCCCACGGGGACGAGAAGGAAGAGGCUGGGGUCAGCCACGAGAAGGGCCCUUUGGUCGAGGCUGAGAACCACCACACCGCCUCGGGAGAGCCCAGCCCCCACUGCAGGCCGCCCCUGGAGGAGCAGGGACCCGAGGCAGUGAAGGGUGCUUCGGAGGAGAAGGAUGAGGCCGAGGCCCCCAUGGUCAGAGAUCCGGAGAGCCUUUAG